AUGCAGGCCUCUGUCCCCGCCUGUCCCCAGGCGUGCCAUCGCUGUAGACAGCCCCCAGGACCUCGCCGAGGCCGCCAGCUCCGGGAGGGCCUGCUGCGGGAGCUGCGGGAGAAGGCGGAGCACCAGCGUGACAGUGGAUUUGUAAAGCGCUGGUGCAGGGAAACGAGAGAAACGCCCGCACUUCCUGGGUCCUCGCUUAUUCAACCUCCACAGCGGCCUGCAGAGCCCGGACCUCAGGUGGGGAAAGGGAAGCAGGGGAGAGCUAGCGAAGUGUCCGGACUCACCUGGCCAGAGCUGGGCACACAGGUGCCACCGAAGGCAGGGCAGGGCAGGGCAGCAGCAGGUCCGAGGACUCCGCCAGGAGGUGGUGGCAGAGUCCAGCUGCCCGCGGGAGCCUUGGACUCGGGGCCGGGCUGCAGGAGGCCCAGCGGCCGAGGACGGCAUCCAGCACUCGGGUCUGCCUCAGAGCUCUGCCCCGUGUCCUCUGCCCUGGGCGCCCCUGGUGACUCGGUGCCCCCCCCAGCCCAGUUCGCACAGCUGGCCCAGCUGAGCCCCCAGGAGCGGCUGAGCCGGGAGUCAGCCCUGCAGCAGAAACAGGCGACGCUGGAGGCCUGGCUGCAGCGCGAGGCGCAGACGCUGCAGCGCUACCGCGUGGAGCUGGCCGAGAAGCACCAGAAGACGCUGCAGCUGCUGCGCAAGCAACAGACUGUCAUCCUGGACGACGAGCUGAUCCAGUGGAAGCGGCGGCAGCAGCUGGCGGGGAACGGAGGCCCCCCCGAGGGCAGCCUGGACGUGCUGCAGUCCUGCGCCAUCCUGGGCUUCGUGAACAAACAGCAGGCACAUGACCUGCUCAUCAACAAGCCUAACGGGACCUUCCUGCUGUGCUUCAGCGACAUGAUCGGCGGCAUCACCAUGGCCUGGAAGUUUGACUCUCCCGACUGCACCCUGUGGAACCUCAAGCCCUUCACCACGAGGGACUUCAUCUGCUCGCUGGCUGACUGCCUGGGGGACCUGAGCUACCGCGUCGAUGUGUUCCCCAACCGGCCCAAAGAUGAGGUCUUCUCCAAGUACUACACACCGGUGCUCGGUGGGUCCCUGCACCGCCCCAGGGGCGCCCGGUGGUCCCCAAGGUAGUGAAGGGGGCUUCAGGACUCAUGGCCAAGGAGAGAGGCGAAGCUGCUCUCAGUCUGUGUGGCCUUUGAGAAAGGCAGAUGCACAGUGUCCCGGAGGCCACGAUGCCCCUAGGCCGAGUGACAGCUGUCAGAUCUGACGGCGACAGAUCGGAGCCCAGGUUUUGACUUCUCUGCAGGGAGUGGAGCCAAAGGAUUCUUCGGUAUGUUGCACAUAGACCACACCUGCGUGUGAACAGUGUUUUUAAUAAAAUGUGUUUUGGGUAAACUG